GAGAGACUUGGAAACUCCGGCUGCAAAUAAUAAAGAAAUAGAAAAUCAUACAUUAAUAUACCGUAACAAUAAAAAGAGCAGGAGCGAGAGAUGAGAAAGGGGAUCCAGCCCGCCCUGGAGCAGUACCUGGUGACCGCCGGGGGUGGGGAGGGGGCGGCUGUCGUCGCCGCCACAGCUGCAGCCUCCAUGGACAAAAGGGCACUGCUGGCCAGCUCGGGCUUCCCCGCUGCCGCCCCGGGCACGUACAUCCAGAUCCUCACCACGAACACGUCCACCACCUCCUGUUCCUCUUCCCUCCAAAGCGGCACCGCCGCCGGCCCCCUCCUCCCCAGUGUCCCCGGCGUGGAGCAGACCGCCGGCAGCCUCCUCUACACCACGCCGCACGGACCCUCCAGCAGAGCCGGGCUGUUGCAGCAGCCACCAGCGCUGGGACGCGGCGGUAGCGGCGGCGGCAGCGGCCCUCCGGCAAAGCGAAGGCUGGAGCUGGGAGAAAGUGGUCAUCAGUACCUCUCAGAUGGUUUAAAAACCCCCAAGGGCAAAGGAAGAGCUGCACUACGAAGUCCAGAUAGUCCAAAAACUCCAAAAUCUCCCUCAGAAAAAACACGGUAUGAUACGUCACUUGGUCUGCUCACCAAGAAGUUCAUUCAGCUACUGAGCCAAUCCCCCGAUGGGGUCUUGGAUUUGAACAAGGCAGCCGAGGUGCUUAAAGUGCAAAAGAGAAGAAUUUAUGACAUCACCAAUGUGCUGGAAGGCAUCCACCUCAUUAAGAAGAAAUCGAAAAACAACGUCCAAUGGAUGGGCUGCAGUCUGUCUGAGGAUGGGGGCAUGCUGGCCCAGUGUCAAGGCCUGUCAAAAGAAGUGACCGAGCUCAGUCAAGAAGAGAAGAAAUUAGAUGAACUGAUCCAAAGCUGCACCCUGGACCUCAAACUGCUAACCGAGGAUUCAGAGAAUCAAAGGUUAGCUUACGUUACAUAUCAAGAUAUUCGAAAAAUUAGUGGCCUUAAAGACCAAACUGUUAUAGUUGUGAAAGCCCCUCCAGAAACAAGACUUGAAGUGCCUGACCCAGUAGAGAGCCUGCAAAUACAUUUGUCAAGUACCCAAGGACCCAUUGAGGUUUAUUUGUGUCCAGAAGAGACUGAAACACACAGUCCCAUGAAAACAAACAACCAAGACCACAAUGGGAAUAUCCCUAAGCCCACUUCCAAAGAUUUGGCUUCAACAAACUCAGGACAUAGUGAUUGCUCCAUUUCUACAGCAAGCCUUUCUCCUUUGGCCUCCCCAGCCAACCUUUUACAGCAGACUGAGGACCAAAUUCCUCCCACCCUAGAAGGACCCUUUGUGAACUUAUUGCCCCCCCUGCUCCAAGAAGACUAUCUGCUAAGCCUUGGGGAGGAAGAGGGCAUCAGUGAUCUCUUUGAUGCUUAUGAUUUGGAAAAGCUCCCACUGGUGGAAGACUUUAUGUGUAGUUGAUUCUGCUUUGUGUGAAUUCUCCUUAAAAACCAAUAUUAUAUAUAUAUAUCUAUCUAUAUAUAUAUAUAUAUUUUUUUUUUUUUUUUUAAUCACGGAACCAGAACAUCAGUCAUGCAGUGUUGUCCCUUACCUUCUUCCUCCAAGAUAAUUAUCAUGAAGUAAACUACAGACUUCAGAACAAAGCUGACGUUUUAAUGAAUUAAAAAAAAUUAAAAUUGCCUAAACGCACAUUUGCAGGCUCCCUUGGGAAAGCCCUGCUUUGCCCCAGGCUCCAAAUCUCAUGGAUGAGUCAGCAAGUGAGAAAAUGUGCAAUCAGGUGUCUCCACCGUGUACUUCCCCUGCCUCCCGGAAUGGCUUGCUGUGCCUGACCGAUGGGCUGUAGAAUGGGGUCUGGCCACCUGGCCCGCUCGAAAACAGCAAUCUUCCUUAACAGCAUUUCAAGCCGUGCCUUCUAUGCAGAAUGCAUGUCUUUGGUGUCUGCUAGUAUGGAAUGGAACUGCAGGAAAUGUAAACUUGAAGUCAUGCAAAAGUAUGAAAUGGAUUUCUUCAGCUCUUAGGAAUUAUUUAAAUUACUGUAGUAAUUCAGUUUAAGCUAUGUACUGUCUGUCACACUUGGCGGUCGAGAGAGUCUCCACAGCCUUUCGUAUGAAGAACCUGUUUUCAAAUAUUUGUUUCAAAUCCCGAAGAAUAGUUGGAGUUCUGCCCCCCUCUAAGCUGUUGUGGAUUUUCCCUUCUCCAUAACCCACUCCCACUCCCCUACCCCCAGCGUUAUUUCCGAAGUUUAACAUUUGUUUGUAACAAAUGCCUGCUUAGGAGUUCUUUGUGGAUUGUUUUGAACUUUUAGAUUUUCUUAGCUGCCAUUUAAGCAUUCCUGUGGCACCCAUCACCAUUUCAAUUUAAUUCUUGACUUUGAAGUGGUUCUUGCUAAUUCAAGUUAGUUAAAUAGAGGGCAAGAACCUUUAUCAGUCAGAGGAUCUAAACCUGUGCAAUCUAAGGUUUAACAGCCUCUGCAAGAAGCAUCUCGUCCCACCUUGCUUCCUUUCCCUGGAGGGGGUGCUUGGAGCAAGUCAGUCCUGGAGCUCACUGCCAUGGGUGGCCCAUUUGAAAGGAGAACCAGGCUAGCUGGUGUGUCGGUCCCAAGGAGCAGCAGGUGUGGAUCCUUCCAUCCUGGGACUUCCCAGUGACCGUGACCUGGGAAAGGGCUCUCUUACACUGCACUCAGGGAGACCACUCUCAGGAUGGGGUCAGGAGAGGCCUCUCGGGAGAAGGACACCCCCGUUGUUUGUGAGGAUGCCGUGACAUUCACUUAAGCCACCACUGUGCCCAGUGUUGCGAUAGCCGUGGCCAGAAUCUGUCCCCUUUAUCUUAAAGGAGCAAGCUGGACCAAGAUGAGUCAGAACCCAGGAAAUGAACGGAUAGAAUGCCAGAGCCUCCCCCAACUUGCUCUUCAGGAAGGGGGUCAACUUUGUGUCCGCUGCAAAUCCUAGGAGUUAGGUCCAAGUGGCAAAGGCCAUCUCCCCCUGGGGGUGGGACACAGUACCUCAGACCCAUCCCCGGAUGUAAGGAUGGCAGGAAUGAGGACGGGGAUUGUCAUUUAACAACAAAAAAACACACCCUCAAAACAAACAGUUAAAUUGAAAUGCUGUGUGCCUGACACUAUGGUAGGCACAGAAAAGGUACGCAAUGGCUGUGUGUUCAUUUGAAUUGAAAACAUCCCUUAGGAAAAAGAAGCAAGCCCCAGCCAGUUUACCCUAGAUUUCCACAAUAUGCAAAGUGGUGGUGGGGUCAAAACAAACGACACCAGCACUUUAAACUAUUUGUGUAGGUAUGCAUGGGUGUAUGUUUGGGAAGAAAAACAAAGGUGCAGAUUAUCUUCCUUUUUCUUCGGCCUCAGUCUCCACCCUCCUCCCCUCACACACACUGGACUUGGUACAAAAUAUCCGUGUGGUCUGAGAUGAAGCGUUGCGGUGGGGGAGGGCAGGGGAGCUUUGUGUUAAGUGCCUACUGGAAAUGCACUGUGGGGUUUUUUCCUAUAUGGGAAACCAUUUAUGCCAAGCUUUUUCCCAUUUCCCAUAUUUAUCUCAUCUGGUUAGCUGCCUCUGCUUCCAGCUUUGUGCAAUUCUCUUUGCCAGCUGCACAAAGCUGACUUUUUUCCAAAGUCUAGAAAGAGUGAGCUCACCUGACAAGGUUGUUGUGUGUUUUGUUUAAUUUGUUGUUAAACCUUUUCGUAAAUGCAAUGCCGUAUUUAUUGUUUUGAAAAUGAAAGGAAUACUAAUAAGUCUUAAAAGUUCCUUCAUGUAAUAGAUUUUUCCAGUUAAUGGGCUUAACUGAUGUAUAAUAAUUAGAUGUCCCAUACCGUAUUCUGUUUGCAUUUGUCAUUUUAUUUUUGACAUAGUGUCUGGCACACCAAGUGGGUUAGUACUGCAGUAUUUGUGUUACUUUAAGUACUAAGUAUGCAGGUUUCUUGGUACCAUUGAGUUGCUGCUAUUAAAGCUUAACACAUGAAAUGGCUAAAAGUUACAAGCAUGCGAUUUAGGACUGCGUGAGCCUUAGAAAGUAAAAUGUACAGAGGGCAACACAUGAGCUGUCAAACAGUGUUAGGUGUGUUUAUAUGUACAGAUUUGUGCAUAGUGAUGGUUUUAUUUAAGUCGAUAUGUAGUCUACUCACACUUUCAUUAUCUAGCAGUUUUGUACAAAGAUAGCAAUUAAUUUGUAAACACUGCCAGAAUGUUUUCUAGCUGGUUUGUAAUGUUUUUAAGAGUGUAUUUUUAUUUUUGUUUUUUUUGUCGUGGUUCUUGUUUUCAUUUUUGUUGUAAGUGUAGAUCUGUAAAUAAAAUUGCAGUAUUUAAAGGUUUAGCUUUCAGGAAAAAGAAAGUAAGAACUCAGUGUGUGCAUGACAACUCGUGUGUAUGAGAGGAGGAAUUUGAAGGAAGAUACCUUGGAGUUAAGUCGGUGGUGAUUGUCAGGUUGUGGGAAUUUCUUUUCCUACAGUGUACAUGAUUUUGUAAAAAGGAAGUAUUUCUCCCAAAAUUGGGAGUACGCAAACUACUAAUCAGUUUAGCUUUGUGUUGUAUGCUAGUUUAAAAAAAGAAAAUAUGUAAUAUAAUGUAUAAAAAAAAAAAGCUUUUAUGAUGGAUUUUGUAAAUAGAUUUGUUACAGGAUGACCUGUUCUCUAGCUGUGAUCUUACCACUUCAAAUGGGUGUAAUUUGAAUAAAUUUUGUAUGGUAAAGGAUCAAUAAAAUGAUUUUUUUAAGAGUU